UAUAUAGAGUCGGUUAGUGGGAGAGAGAGGUAGCGUGCGCGCGCAGAGUAUCGGCACGCCCGCCGCGCGUCCCGCUCGCUCGCCGGCUCGUCCGAGUGCCGACUGCCGUCAGUCUAUCGCGUGCAGAGGCAGUUCAAGUACGUGCCGCCCUUUGCUCUGAUGCGACCGACGCAGUGUCCGUAACCGGUGUUCGGAAAAUUGUGCAUGUGCGUUUUCCGACGGCCUGUGUGUGUGCUUGUGAGAUGUGCUAUUGUUUUCUAGGAGUGAUUCGCAAGCUGAGGAUUAACUUACACGAAUGAGGAUAAUAGUGCUUUCGCGCUAAACAAUAAUUACAAACAAUCGCUUUUAGGCGCGUUUUAAAUCUCUAUAAUUAAUGAUAAUUUAAUCAAUAAGUCAAUUAGUCGUACCGCAACGUAGUGUUGCGCCGUUGUCGAUACGCGCAUAUCGAUAGUUGUCCGCGCCGCGCGCGUCGCUGUCGCUGCCACAGUCGGUGCUUGCCGGAGUCGACCGACUCGGCCGGCACGCCCCGCCACAGCCGUGGAUAACCUCGGCCAAAGUCCGCUCCCGGUGAAGAGGCUGCACGAAGCGCUGCAGAGUGCGCAAGUGAAGCGCCAGCGUCUCUCCCCUCCCUACCCCGCGCCCCCCUCCCAGCUCCAUCCGAUCCAUCAACUAGCCGUGCACCAACACAUCAAGGUGCAGCAGAGCAUUGUGCAGCAGAGUAUAGUGCAGCAGCAUCAGUUGAACCUGGCGCAUCAGUCGCUGCAGAACCUGCAGGCACAACAGAGUUUGCAAGCGGCUCAGCAGAGUCUGCAAGCAGCGCAGAGCCUGCAGGGAGUACAAGCGCUGCAGGGGCAGAGUCCCACGGCGACGGGCGGCGCGGGAGUACCGCAGACAGCGGCGUCGCAGGGCGCGCUGGUGCCCCCUCAGCAGUCAUCGCCGCGGGCCGCUUCGCCGCAGCACAAGACCAUGGAGCUCGCGCUCUGUCAAAGCAUGGACUCCGUCAACACCGCCACCACUGAGGAAGAGGUGCGGACGCUAUUUGUCAGCGGGUUACCCAUGGAUGCAAAACCACGCGAGCUUUAUUUACUAUUUCGAGCAUAUGAGGGUUAUGAAGGUUCGCUAUUAAAAGUGACAAGCAAGAAUGGAAAAACAGCAUCGCCGGUCGGAUUCGUCACGUUCCACACUCGGGCUGGCGCGGAGGCAGCUAAACAGGACCUUCAGCAGGGCGUCCGAUUCGACCCCGACAUGCCGCAAACGAUUCGGCUGGAGUUCGCUAAAAGCAACACGAAGGUCAGCAAGCCGAAGCCGGCAGUUGCCACCGCCGCGCCAGCUGCACACCCUGCAUUGAUGCACCCACUCACUGGACACUUAGCGAGUCCGUUCUUCCCCGGCGGCGGGGAGCUGUGGCACCACCCGCUGGCGUACGGCGGCGAGCUGCCGACGCUCUCGCACGGGCUCGUGCACCCGGCCAUCCACCCGCAGAUGGCGCCUGUACGCUCCUACCUCUGACUAGCUGCCGCCGAUAGGCCACACCACACCCCCCUGACGCUGGGCGCCUGCGUGCUGCCGGCGCCGGCGCUGGGCUCGCCGGGCGCGGCCGUGCCGUCGCACGCGCAGCCGCCCGCGCACCCCGCGCACCCCACGCACCCCGCGCCUCCCUGCUCCACGCUGUUUGUCGCUAACCUCGGACAGUUCGUCUCCGAACAUGAACUUAAGGAGAUAUUCAGCAGUUGCGCGGGAUUCACGCGGCUGCGGCUGCUGACGGCCGGCGGCGGCAGCGGCCCGGUGGCCUUCGUCGACUUCGCUAGUCCCACGGACGCGGCCGCCGCGCUCGCGCGGCUGCAGGGCGCGCUGCUUCUCAGCUCUGAGGGGGCCAUCCAUCUUGAGUACGCGCGGCACAAGAUGGCACACAACGGCUGGAUUCUCGCGCACGAAGGAGCCAAAGGCGGAGAAGAGAGCGAACAGCAUUAGCUCAUUCGUUGCUCUCGGCACUUGACAACCAGCGAACUGAGGGGCGCGCAUUCUUGAUCCUCGACGCAUCGGAACCGCGGGAGAUGGAGCCUACUGCUACAACCAUUGUCAAUACUACGGCUGCUAGGAUCAAGAUUCAACACGACACGACAACACCUUCUCGUAGGCUAUACAGAACCAGACAAAUACACAAGCCGGUCCUUCCGUGUUAAAUAACAGGUUUUGUUAGCCUACUCGUAGAUGGCAAUGCUCUCAUCUCCUUAUUGUUUUUCAAAUCAGCGUCAGGGGUGUGGUGUCUUAAUUUAUACCAAAAUUAGCACAAAGGGUUAUUUUAUUGCAUUAAUAUUAACAUUCCAGUUUUAUUGUUUACCGUUCAUAAUAAAAACAUGUUUAUAAUUAUUAAUUUAAAUGAUUAGUUCUUGGUGUAAACUUUAUUGUUUAUUUAUUGUCGAUAUUUUAUUUUAAAUGUGUAACAUAAGAUUUAUUUACAACUUAUUGCGAAUUCGUUUCUGCAAGACCGAUGCAAACAGCUAAGAGGAUUUAUAAUUAUAGUGUAAUAACAGAAAUUAAACAUUUUAGGAUAAAUCUCAUUCGAAUAAGCUAAAAACCAAAGGUGCCCUUCAUAGAAAGAUUACGUUUUGUUAAAUAAUAUUUCAAGUUAAAUGAUUUAAAAAGAAGUUGUAUGUAAUAAAUACGAUGCUUUUGUUUUAGCCUCAAUAAUGUUAGCGUAUUUAAAUGAAUUUCAUAACUAUUUCAAAUUAUAUUUAUCUAAUACUUUCUUAGUAAUUUUUAUAUUGUUCAAUCACUCGUUAAAGCGCUGGCACUCUAGUGUUGGUCUUAUGGUCCCUUCUUUCUGUAAAUGGAGUUAUCGGAAUAAUUAUAAAGAUUGAGUAUACUCGACGCGACUGGACAGGGACGCCCCUUGGUGCCGCUUGCUGUGGAGUGCGACUCGCUGCCGCGCCGGCCGCCGCGCCGCGCCGCGCCGCCGCCGCCACCGACACGCCCGCGCCGCUCCCCUCCCACCUGUCCCGUCUGUUCUCCACUUGUCACACACAAAUAUUCCUUUCUAUGUGCCUUGCCUACUCCCUAAUCCUUCGAAGUUUUAAUAUUUUUACACUUCAUGUUCUUGUUUGAGAGUUGGACUGUAGGGAAACGGGAAAUAACAGUAAAGCGGGGCGCGGUGCGACCGGCCGACGUCGGUUCAGUCUUGUUGCGAGAAUUUAGCCUUGGCCUUAUGAGAGUUAAAUAACUUAAAUGUAAUCAUUAUACCUAUUAAUUAAUUGUAAUGAUAUAUUAGUUGGCGCCGCGCGGGUGCGCCGACGCCGAUUAGUGAAACAAUUACUCUAUCUGCAUGCUUUGACGAGCUUUUUGGUAAUAAUCUAAUUUUAAAUGUAGUAGUUACUUUUAUUGUGUAAUCGUUAGGUCGAUACCAUAAAUUUAGAUAAGGGUAUUUAUUGUAGAAAAUUUACAUAGUUACAUUACUAUUUAAUGAACGUUAAUAAUUUAAUAAUAAUGAAACAAUGUAAUGAAUUUUAAAUUUACUGAAAGGUAAGGGUUAAUCAAAUGGAAGAUUAAUAUAUUUUUUAUUUUUAGCUAGUUGACUAUCGCAUACAGAAUACUAGUUACCUACUGAAAUGUAUCACCGGAGCCCGCUCCGAGCGCACGGCAGUGCGAGAUAGCAAUAAACCAAAAAUGAAAUCUUAAUGUUAUUUAGGUACCUAUUAGUGACAUAUUCUGCUGAUGUAAACAUGUAAAAAUUAUAUAAAAAAAGUAAAAAAAAAUCCCUGCUUAGGCUAUUGUAAUAAGAUAUUGGAAUAUUGUUUUGUUUGACGUUGACGCGACGGAAAUGGACGAUUCACGACCCCGCCGGGCGAGCGCUUGGCGGGCGGAGGUUCCGCAUGUGAAUUCUUAUGAAAAUUUCUUAGUCAAUAUUUAAUAGAAACCUUGUCAAUUUUUGACUUAGCAAAAUUUUAUACGUUGUUUAUAGUGACUGUAACUUCACAAUGUACCGAGCGUCGUGACGUAUAGACCAAAGAUAAAGGAUAUACAUAAUUUUUAAUACUAACCUCAGACCGUACCAAAUUUGUAUUUUAUAGACAAUCCUGUACUGGCAAUAACGUUUUGCAACAUCGAGGACACGCGUCUUACGAGAAAUUCGGUUGGACGAUAAUAAAACUUAUCGUGUGGCAAUUUAUUAUCAGAUCAGUCAAAAAAUUAUAAUCACUCUUUAACUAAAUCUCGAAUUCUUUAAUAUAUUUAUUCGUAAUAAAUUCAUUGUCGGUUUUAAUGAUUAAGCUAAGUCAAUGUUUACUUAUUUAUUUCGAUUAAUGCUAAUUCGUAAGUAAUUAUGUAAUAAAUAAUGUAGUGAUCUCCCAUACCUUCGGCGGUCGGCGGUCUCGGAAACAGACUUAAAAAUACAACGAAAAGUUAUUUAUUUCUUUUCUGUUGUUAAUUUUUCAGGUUUACUGGUGACGGUUUCGGUGUUGUUAUUAAAGUAAACUUAAACGACAAGGCAAGUCACCAAUGAACCUCAAUAGUUUUGAUUUGCCUACAACGCCUCCGGUCGCCAUUUUGUGUAGAGUUGUUAUAAACAAGAUGGCGGCGGAGGUGGCGUGGACGCGAGGAGACGCCGCCGCCGCCAUGAUUCCGUCCAACAACCGUAGAUAGCGCGUAAGAGACGUCCAGUGGCUGAGGACACGGCUACGUCACCUUUUGCGGGACUACUCGAUACAUAUCAUCGUGUAAUAUUAAUGUAUAAUUAGAGUAAAGAGCGGUUUCAUAGAGACGUUUAUUCUGUAUCUUGUCUACUAUUUAUUACUUAUAAUGCAAUCGGCUACAUGUCACGCCAAAUUCAAAAUUUAACCGAAUUCAGUUGUCAACAUUAACGCUUGCAAUUUCAGUUCUAAAACUGUUUAUAACAAAUUUUAAUUCAGACUUUUAUAUAAUAUAUAUUUAUUUAGUCUUGCGGAAUAUACUAUUUGAAAUAGAAGAACGAAAUUAUUCUUACAACGUUAUUUUGUAAACGUUUACUGUGAAAUCGAAAAGAUGGUAUUCGGAUCAUCGUUAUUAGGCAGCCUCGAGGGCGAGAGCGUGACAUUGGCCCGCAUGUGAUAGGGUAGAGUAGGGGUGGUAGCAGCGCCUUUCAACUUAGGUUAAGUGAAGCGGUAUCACACAAACGCCGUGCAUCGGAAACAUAUCAAUUCUGUGCCCCUAAUAAAUUUAGUUAAAUACUAAUAAUCUAAGAGAUACAUAUGAAUAGAAUAAAGCAACAAAAUAGAUGUUUUGAGUAUCAAAUACUGAGUGUUGUUUUCGUACGUCAAAGUAAUGUUGUCGACUAGAUUGUGUUUCGACGUGACUCACAGAAUAGUAUCCGAGUAGUGGCGCGCAAGUUUCGAUUACUUUUGGUUUUACCGCUAUUAUAGAUUUUAAAUGUUAUUGUUAUUUUAAACUAAUAAUUAUGGCUUAAUUACCAAAUUAUUUUUAACACUUGGCUUCAGAUUCAGUAUUAUAAUGUCCUUGUUUUAACGGUGGCAGGAGUAGGAUGCCACUGAAACUUAUUUGUAUAUUGAGCAAAAUAAACAAUACAAACUAUAUAGCUAAGUAAUUAAUUGUUAGAUUUGUGUGACUUGAAUCAUUUAAAUGCUUUUAGAGCAGAAUGGUAAGGUGUUAUUGUGGUUAAAGAAAAAAAACAUAAUGACAUUGUAAAAAUAGUGAUAACUAUAGCUUAAUUAUAAUUAUUAUAACUUUUAUAGAUGUUCAUUGAUUUCUUUUCUUACUUCAUGGAGUAUUGUGGCAUUGGAGACGUCAUUGUUAAUUCAAAUAAAUUUGAGCUCAUCCUCAA